ACUGUUAUGCAUAUCAAACUGUGUUUCUGGUAUCGGGAAAUCAUAACAGAUACAUCUGGCUGUUAGCCAGUAAAAUUGAAUGUGAAACAUUUCGACAAGGAUUUUCACAAGACGUAAAUAUAUUCAAAUUUCUUUAUUCAGUUUUUAUAGUUAUUUUAAUUUAAAAUUCGAGAAGUAAUAAACAAUUUCACGAUAGUAAUAGUAGACUAAUGAUUAUUAAAGUAGAUUUUUAUCUAAAUGAUAAAUUAUAUACCUAUAAGAUAUAAAUCUGAAUGAUUACGAAACAUAUUUAUUGUAAUUUUGCCUAUCAACAUUUAAUUUUCUGUAAGGUUAAAUAACGCUUAUAACGAACAUUUUGUACUACGUAUAAGCAUACGAAAUACAAUGCCAUGGAUUGCUGUUAUUCUAGCAAAAAUGGAAAUCCCACAACUCAAAAAGAGCUUCCAAACAUCUCUAGUCCAGAGAUGUUCGAUAGUGGAGAUGAAGAAGAUAAAAAGGAUAAUGAAUCAUUUGUAAAUGAAAUACCAAUAAUAGUUAGUGAAAAACUUGAAAAACCUUCUCAAGCUGACUUGAUUGCAAAAUCUGAUAAUGAUAUAUUAGCAAAAAUUAAUAAACUACUGAGUGGUGUACCACCACCACCUAAACUUACAAUUUGUAGAAUAGAUUGCUCAGAAUUAUUAUUACGUAUUUAUGAGAAUCAACAUUUAUUUUGGACACCAUGUGUAUUACCAGAAAAAUAUAUACAACAAGAUCUAAAUAGAGAACAACAAAAAGAAAAUAUUAGUACAAAUAAUUAUCGUCAUAUCAAAAGCACAUCUAGAAAUUUAAGUACAGCUUUUGAUGCUUGUGAUCCACAAUAUCAAAGUAAUAUUAGUAAUAAUAUAGAUACAGUAGAUUUAAAAAAUAUUUGCAGUGAUAAUUUUAGAAUAAAGAAAGCAGUUCCUAACAAUGAGCAAGUACAAGCAACUACAACUGUAAACAAGGUAAAACAAGAAUCAGUUGUAAUUGUACCACAACAAUCAUUACUUUAUUUUACUAUUAAUGAAAAAAAUGUUAAUACUUUGACAUGGCCUGAAGCAUAUUAUCAUAAAUUUCAUGGAAUACAUUAUAACAGAAAUAAAGCAGUUGAAGAAUUUGAAAGCCUUACAUCAAAAUUAUGUAGUAGGUAUAUAGGAGCUGAAACUCAAUCUACAUGUACUGUAUGGUUUUCUAAACCAGCACCAGGAAGUGCUAAAAAACGAAAUCUUUUAGCUAAUCGAAAUAAUGGUCAAAGUCCAGGAAAAAGAUUAAGUCAUUUAACAAAGAGACGAAAAGUAUUCUCUAGUGCGAAUUUACAAGGAUUAGCUCUUAAUAAUAAAAAACUCUUAGUAUUAAAUAUUAAAAAACCUACAAUUAAAAAAGGCAAAAGUCCGCGAGGUAAAAGUCCACGAGGCAAAAGUCCAAGGGGAACUCCUAGAAGUUCAACAAAGAAAAAAGUGGCUCGACGACUUAUUUUAGAUGGAUCUAAUCCAUUAAAAUCUAAGAUUGAAACAUCUAAACGCGCACUUUUUCAAAGUCCUCCUCCUUCAGAUCUACCUGGUCCGAGCAAGUUACUCGCAAAUGAUUCAAAUUCUAUAAGAAUUAAACGCGCACUAUUUACACAAAAUACAAAAGAAAGUGAUUCUGAUAAAAGUCAAAAUACUGAGGAAUCAAGAAAAAGGAAAAAUGAAGAAGAAUUAGAAGGACCACGAUGUAAAUGGGCAAAAAGUUUAUCUUUUGACUGUUCUCAUGAAUUGCAUAAUAAUACAGUAUCUUCAUGGGAUAGACAUUCAUCUAGUAGUAUAAUUGAAAGAAAUAAAUCAUCUUUGCAUGAAGGAAAAUGCGAACUUAGUGAAACUCAUAGAAAGAAAUUACUCUGGGCAGUAGCAGAAGCUUUACGAGAUAAAGGAAUAGGUAUGACUCAUCCACAAUUUAAACAAUAUGCUACGAAUUUAGCGCGAACUAUUAAAAAACUUAUGCCUGAUCUCGAAAAUAAGAAUAUUCCUCGCAAACCAGGAAGUACAAGUGAUCGUAUGUUGAAAUUAGCAAAAUAUCAUGUUUUGUUUGUAAUUGAUGCAAGACCAACUGAUUGACAAUACUCAUUAAUAUAGCAUAUGAAAAAUUUUUUACACAACUUUGCGCAAAAUAUAUUAUUUAUCACAGAAAUAUCAAUGAUUAUACAUUGGUAUUUAUAUGUAGAGAUAAUAUAUAUAUAAUCAAUGAUUUUUAUUUAUCUGAAUAUAGUGAGAUAUUGUAUUAAAAUGUAUUAUAACAAAUCACAUAAAACAUUAAUGUGUGACGUGUGAAUGUUAGAAUUGUUUAUGGAAUAUCAAGAUAUUUUUUACUGCAUAAACAUAAACAUAAGAGUUUGUUUUUAAUAUACCUAUUUUUUAUUAGCGAUAAAAUAGUAUAUAUAUAUAUAUAUUUCACAACUUAUAAAUAAUUAAUAAAAGGUGCUUCUCUGAAACAAAACAUAAUUUGCAAUUAAUAAAUUUUAAAAACAACACAUGUGUACAUAUACAUCAAUCAUAAUUAGUAUUGAUUGUAUCUAAAACGUUUAAGGGGCGAGUAAAAAAAUAAAGA